UUGGCUGGCGGCGGGGAGGCGGGGAGCGGCGGGGCCGCGGCUGGCUGCAGCGGCGGGCGCGGAGCCCAGAGCGGGCGCGGCGGAGCAUCCUCGGGCACCGCGGCCCCGGUGCGGGCUGCCUCCCCCGCAGCCCCCGGCCUCCUAUGGGCGGUGCCGGCGCCCCGGCCCCCACACGCCCGUCCCGCUCGGCCUUAGCAUGGGCACGGUGCUCUCCCUCUCCCCCGCCGCCUCCUCGGGCAAGGGCGGCGGCGGCGGGGGGCUGCUGGCCGACAAGGCGCCGGGAAGAGUGCCGGGCAAGGGCGAGAGCCGGCUGAAGCGCCCCAGCGUGCUCAUCUCGGCGCUCACCUGGAAGCGGCUGGUGGCCGCCUCGGCCAAGAAGAAGAAGAACACCAAGAAGGUGACGCCGAAGCCCGGCGGCGGGGCCCCGGCGGGGGGCCCGGGCCAGCCCGACCCGCUGGUGGUGCAGCGCAACCGCGAGAACUUGCGCAAGUCGGUGGUGGGGCCGGCCGACGGCACCAAGCAGGGCCCGCUGGCCGUGCCGGUGCCCACCGUGCCCUCGGCGCCGCAGGAGCUGCACCCGGGCUCCGGCGGGGGCAAGCCUCCGCCGCCACCGCCGCCGGCCGGCAGCCGCGCCCCGGGCUCCCCGCGCCGCGUAGUGGUGCAGGCGUCGACCGGCGAGCUGCUGCGCUGCUUGGGGGACUUCGUGUGCCGCCGCUGCUACCGGCUGAAGGAGCUGAGCCCCGGCGAGCUCAUCUCCUGGUUCCGCAGCGUGGACCGCUCGCUGCUGCUGCAGGGCUGGCAGGACCAGGGCUUCAUCACCCCGGCCAACCUGGUGUUCGUCUACCUGCUGUGCCGGGAAGCGCUGCGGGGAGAAGACAUCGGCAGCCAGGCCGAGCUGCAGGCCGCCUUCCUCACCUGCCUCUAUCUCGCCUACUCCUACAUGGGCAACGAGAUCUCCUACCCGCUCAAGCCCUUCCUGGUGGAGGGCGACAAGGGGCGCUUCUGGGAGCGCUGCCUGGGGAUCAUCCAGCGCCUCAGCGCCAAGAUGCUGCGAAUCAACGCGGACCCGCACUACUUCACGCAACUCUUCCAGGACCUCAAGAGCGAGGGCGAGGGCGGAGGCGGGUCCAAGCACUGGACGAUCAGCCUGGACCGCUAGGGAGGUACCGGGCCCCCGGCGCCGAGGGCGGAAGGGGCCGCGCACCGACGGGUGGGGGAGGCGAAGGACUGCCGGAUCCCCCCCCCCGCCUCGCAUCCUUCUCGCCUUCCCCCCCCCUCCCCGGCCGCCAGCUCCGCGGAGACGCUGCCUGGACCCUCCCUGCUCCGGAUCUGGCCGCUCCCCCCCCUUCCGCCCCCAGCUGGGGGCUGCGCUCCGGGACACCGAGACGGCGGAGAAGACCGGGGGGGGAAGGGGGUGUCCCUCCCGCCUGCGCGAUGAGGGGGGGGGAAGCUGCCAACAAGCGGAGGCUCCUGGAUGCGUUUUCUCUAGAAAAAAAGGCGGAGGAAUGGAGCUGGGGGUCCGAGGCAGGAGGGUACGGGGUGUCUCCUCGGUGCUGCGGGGGCCCCGGGCACACGGUGCAUGUGAACGAGCCCCCCCCAGCCGCGGGCAGAGCCGGGCCCCGCGCCGCCGCCUCCAGCCCGGAGCUGUCCGUGGUGCUGGAGCCGCCGCGGCUGAGCAGACAAAGGAGGGGGGGGCAAGGCUGGGGGGGCCGCGGGCUUUCGUGUCGUGGGCGCUGCCUCCCUCUCCCCCCCCCCCGCGUGGGGCACACGGCCCCCCCGCGCAUGGGCGACGCUGCCCCUCACCCCGCGGGAGCCGCCCGCUUGCCCCUUUGUUCGAGCCGCUGGGGGGGGGCGUCCACCCCCCUUUCCCGCGGGUAACACCCCCCCUCCCCGUUGCGCCCCCCGAAGCGGGGUCCUGGUGGGGUGAGCGCCCCUCACACACACACUUCGGCUUGCUGCGGGGACAGGGGUCUGUGCCAGAGGAGGCCUAGGGAGCCCGGGGGGAGGGGGCCUGCUAUGGGGGGAAGGGGGUCCCUCUCCUCUUGCUUUGCUUCACUGGAGAAUAAAGAGGUGGCCUGGAUGGG